AUGGAACCUUCUUGCUUCGAACCCGAGGGAGAAGCUGUUCCAUUUUGGCCUCCAUCUUCUGAAAACCCUUACGAGAAAACUGGCGAUGACGAGGUCUUGUUCGAUAAUAUCAAAUAUGCAUCGUCAGCAUUCACUCGUGCCCCGAAGAUAGGAAAUGUUGUAGAUAGCGAAGAUGAGGCUGUUUUUGCUCUUGCUAACAUUGAUCCAUGGUUUCAAAUUGGAGAUCUUCAUAUUGCUCAAAUUGGAUGUGCUGUUACACUGCCUCCAUCGAUUUCUCUUUCACCAAGAUGUGGUCAUAGUGAAACUGCUGUAGUAAACACGUUGGUCAAACAGAAGGUUAUCGUGCGAAGACUUCUCCCACAAUCCACCUAUCGAAGUCAACACCACUACCCAAUUAGAGCUGAGUUUCAUACCUUGGAAAUACUUCACUUCAAGGCUCAAUGGAAAUUUGGAUGCCAAGUUCCACCAAAAGGAGCAAUGUUUCAAGCCCUAGAAGUCUUCAGGGGAUGCAGAGGUGUCGGUCCUUCAGCUGUAUUGUGCAGUGAUGGGGCGACACGCAGUGGUCUCUUUGUUGCUGCCUAUUUACUCACAGAAAGAUUGACUAGAGAUAGAUUUUUGGAUCUCUUUCAUACUCUCAAGGCUCUUAAAUUGCGUCGAAGGGAAGUUAUUCUCUCUGUGCAACAGCUUCGUUUCCUCUAUCGUCUACUCAUAUCUUGGGUUGAUGAAGUGAUGACCAUUAGGGGUCCGAGAAGACCGCCAGAAUACCAAGAAGAAGCAUCGAGGACAAGUUCAAGAACCAAUUAUCGAAGUCACCCUGGAGGUAAUGUGCCAAUGAUGAAUAAACAUUGUUUUGAUGAAUACAAAAGGUCAAUCGGCAGUGAGAGCGAGGACAAUGAUGAAGGCGGACUUAGAGCAAGUCCCCCUCGUCCGGUGAAUGUUCUCUAUCAUUACUAUAGUGAGGAAUUAUCGCGUCUUUUGGCUGGCAGAAGUGUGUCAUUCGAUAGAAACUUUAUCAAGGGUCGCUUGGAAGAACGAUUCUUUGUUUAA